AUGCCCAUCAAUGGUUCUCACGCUGCGAAGAUGUAUAUACGAGCAACUACCCUAAGGACGUUCCUGGAUACGAUCUUUUUUCCCCCUGCAGUAACAGAGAUGGAGCAAAAACUGGCAACUGUGAAUGAUGUCGCUGGGAAGCAUUUUGACUUCGUCAUAAUUGGCGCAGGGCCAGCUGGAUCGGUACUCGCCAACCGCCUAAGUGAGAACCCUGGCAUAUCUGUUGCCUUACUUGAAGCAGGGAAGGCGCAUAUCGACGAUCCACUCAUCCAGAAGCCCGAUGCCUGGCUAGGACAACUCGGGAACCCCGAGUACGAUUGGGCUUUCCUGACUGUUCCGCAACCUCAUGCAACAAAGGCUCCUUUCUUUUUGAGCCGAGGGAAGGGUCUCGGUGGAAGCACGGCAAUGAACCUACUCCUGUGGAAUCGACCACAGCGUGAGGACAUUGAUGCGUUUGAGAAGUUGGGCAACGUCGGAUGGAAUUUCGAACGAUUUGUGAAGUACACGAAAAAGGUCGAGAAGCUAGCGGUUCCCAAGGAGGUGGAAUCGCAGGGGUACCGAAAUUUAUACAACGCUGAGUCUGCUGGGAAGGACGGUGCUGUAUCCAUCUCAUUUACUCGCACGCCUUCAGGUGCCGAGUCGUCUUUCCAGAAGAGUUUGGAGAACUUCGGCGUAACCACAUUGACCGAUACCUUGAAUGGUGAUUCUUUUGGAACAAUCAAGUCGCUGUCAUCUCUCAAUACCGACACUGAUACCCGAACAUAUGCCGCACCUUCCUAUCUCUUUCCAGUUCUCGACAGGCCGAAUUUGAAAGUGCUCAGUGAGGCAUACGUAAACAAGAUCAUUGCACAGAAAGAUGGCGAGGUCGUUGCCACCGGCGUUGAGUUUGAGCAUGGAGGUGUAAUUCAUCGAGUACAUGCAACGAAGGAGGUGAUUGUAUCUGCAGGUGCGCUCAAGUCGCCCAGUGUUCUCGAGCACAGCGGUAUUGGUGACAAGGCGGUGUUGGAGCCUUUGGGUAUCCCGGUCCUUGAGGAUCUACCUGGGGUCGGAGCCAAUGUUCAGGAGCAUCUCACUCACACUGGACUUGUCUUCCAAAUGCGCGAGGACGCCAACAUUAUCACAAGUGACCUUCUUCGUGAUCCUGGAUUCCAUUCAAAGGCGAAGGAGCAGCUGCCUGACACUAAAAGCCCUCUAUCGCUUGUGAUGUCGGGAUUGUCGUUCUUACCCGUUCAGACCCUAACGGAGAAAUCUUCAUAUAUCUACAAGAAGGUCGAAGAGCUUAUCGCAAGCGCCCCUGUUGGCCUGAAGGAGCAGUACAAGGUGCAACUCGAAAUCUUGAAGAAUGAAAAAGUCCCUGACAUCGAGAUCAUGGUGUUCCCCUUCUCAUUCGAUCCUACGCCCAUGACGCUACCGUUCAUUGCGCUACCUCCUGUUGUUAGCCACCCUUUCUCUCGGGGAACAAUCCAUAUCAACUCUGCAGAUCCGAAGGCCCCUCCCACCAUAGACCCACGCUACCUCGAGGCAGAAGUUGAUAGAGACAUUAUCUUAGAGGCAACCAAGUUUGCAAGGAAAGCUUCGCAAACUGCGCCCUUCAAGGACGUCGUCGUUGCUGAGGUUCUUCCGGGACCCAAUGUUGUUGAUGAUGACGCUCUCCUGGAACAUGUGAAGAAGACUUUGGUCACCGUGUGGCACACCAACGGAUCUGUGUCCAUGUUGCCCAAGGAGAAAGGCGGAGUUGUGGACAGCAAGUUGAAGGUGUAUGGGACAAAAAACAUUCGUGUCGUUGACUUGUCUAUCGUGCCUCUGGCUGUCUCCGCACAUACACAAUCUCUCGUUUACAGUAUUGCUGAGAUGGCAUCGGACAUCAUCAAAGAAGAAAACGGCCUGUAA